AUGGAAAAUUCGGUUCCAACUGUCAAAUCUGAGGAUCCACGUUUGCCAUCUACCGAAAUGAGCGACUCAGCUGUAGCUCCUGAAAAACAAGUGGAAACUAGCGAAAUGAAUGGAGAUACGACAAACCACGUGUCUUCGGAAGCAGAUCUUGCUGGCUCAACAAAUGCCACAACCGACGACCAUGUGCUCCCUGCUCAAUCUCAUAACGGUAAUGGAAUCGUCAAAUCUGAAGAGUCAACUGGAAUAGAUGAGGUUGCAAACACUGAGCCCUCUGGCAAUGGAGGAGUUCAGAGUACACAAUCACUGCAACAUGAACAAAAUGGCGUUUCCGAUAACAUGACCAAUGGUGGGUCGUCUGACUCUCAUGAGCCAUCGGCGGCUCCAAUAGAUCACCAUGAACCCAAGAUUGAAGAAGCUGCUGAUUCGAUCAGCCAUGUGGCCGAGACCCCAAAAAAGAGAACAGCUUCUGAAUCAUCGGAUGGGUCAAAAAAAAGAAAACAAGCUGUUUUGAAUUUUUCAAGCUCCCAGGGUCACACCUCUUUAGGAUUGUCCUCAACUGACCAAUCUGAGCAAAAGAGUGAAGAUAACGCUGAAUCAGAUUUGAAAGCAGAGAAUCAUACUGCGGAAGAUAAUGAUAAGCCACAGGGCAACGACGGUGAGUUCCUCGUGAAACUAUCCUAUAGAAAGGCAGCCGAGCCUAGAAAAACCCGAGCCAAAAACAAAGCCAACGAACAGCCCCAAGAAAAGGUUCGCAAUUUUGAAAGAGCAGCUAAAAAACCUCUUCCAAAGGAGAAGCCUCUUCAUCUUCCCCUCGGCAAAUUCAAGAGGGCCCCAUCAAAAAGUAAGCUUCCACCUGGCCCUACCACCAUUCUCAGGGAAAACAACCGUAACGCUCGCCCUCUUCCCGGUCCUUUGGUUCCAUUAAAUUAUGAUCUCUAUGAUGGAAACGUUGUUGAGAAUGAUGCAAACAAAGUUGUGGCCUCUGCGAGCUUGGCUUUUGGUUUCCCAUUGAAGCCAAAUCCAAACUCGUACGAUAUUAUGUACAUUCUUUUGUUCUUAAGCAAGUUUGAGCCUAUUGUACAAGCUGGUCCAUUGGGCCCAGAUGACUUCGAGAAGGGCCUUGAUCUCGAAAAUGACCUGGACUCUCCUAAAAUUUCUCAAACUAUGGAGGUGUUCUUCCGUCGUCUUCUUGUAUUAUUGCUUAACAGAAAGAAGGCCAUACCAAAGGAUGGACAGCGUCCUGCCAUUCAGGAGCUUCAAACUAAGUACGUCUCAUUCGGUCUUCCUGAAGAAUGGAGAGAUGACUCCAACAUCAAAGAAGUUGAUUCUUUUCCAUGUGUUCCAGAAAACGAUAUUGUUGACCCUUCCAAACCCCCAGUUGCUCCUGAAGAUCUCCUCGAGUACGAAGGCCCCAAGGAGAUAACAAAUGUCUUCCACAGCAAAAGAUUCGAAGACUUUGGUCUUGCAGGUAUCGAAUCAUCAAGACAGAGAGUUAUCUUGCUUAGGACUAUGGUUGUUUGGUGUUUGUCUGUGUCUUUACGUAUAAAGACUUAUUUGACUUCAAUUGUCAGUAAGCAGGAAGUUCCGGGCGAAAGAGACAACAUCUAUGUAUCCCGUGCUGUCAUGAACGGAUUUUCACAAACUUUAGAAUCCAAGAAAGAUCAUGAAGUAAAGGUGGCCCGUAAAACUAAACCAACUACCAAGGGUGGCUUGCAAGACUUUGAUCUACGCCUUGCGUACAUGGACCCAACUUCUAACCCAAUGGCCCAUCCACUUGCCCUCAGAUUAAAUGAGUUUGUUGCGGGUGACAUAGGAUUCCACGUGGGUAGGUUUUAUCUCGUGAGACUGGCUGAUGCUUCUGCUGGUGGUCUCGGGUCUCUCGCUGAAAUGAAACAGGCCGCAAAGUUACAACCAGGUGACCGCUCUAUGGCAACUAAUUUCAGGCUUUAUGUCGAGGAUGUUUAUUCUCUGUUGGAGCAAUGUCUUCGGGUAGAAGGUGUUGAAUUCAAUUCCGAAGGUGAAGAAGUUGCUCAUGAUGUCAAAUAUGACGAUACAAAGUAUUGGUAUACCGUGGCAUCGAACUACAAAGAAUUGCAAGCUUUCACAGAUCUUAUAGGAGAAAAAUUGGCCAACUACAAAACCCAUCCAGGAGCUAUUCCACCCAGUUCGGAUGCAUAUAGGCCAUUGCUUUACAUGUAUCAAUACCUUUGCCAUGUUACGCCGAUUAUCGGAGAACUCGAAGGCUUGUACGCUGGUGGAUCAGGAGAACUGAGAUCUUCCAGAAAGAAGGCCGUCAACUACAAACCUCCCUCUCACUGGGAAGCAGAAACGGAAGAUUCGGAGAAGAGAGGCGAUGAAGACUACUCUGAAGGUGGUGAGGAGGCAUUCGAGGAUGAAGAAGACGUUGACGAAGGCGAAGAGGCUCAAGAAGAUGAGGAGGAGGAAGAGGCCGAAUUCCUGGAUUAG